CGUUUGAAAGUCCCUUUAUCUAUAUCGCUAUUUUCCUAACUUCGACGUCGCACCCUCCGGCGUAUUUCUCCUCUCGGAAGGGUAGCAUGAUGUCAGUAGCAGUAACGAUAGUAGCAGUAGUAGUAGUAACAGUGGUAGUAACAGUAGUAGUAACAGUAGCAGUAACAGUAGUAGUAACAGUAGUAGUAACAGUAGCAAUGACAGUAGCAGUGUCAGUAGCAGUAGCAAUAGCGAUAGCAGUAGCAUCUCUUUACGUUCUCCCUGUACGUGGCACAGAAAGGGAGGCUUCUCGUGCAAGGGUGAGAGCUUCUGGCGGGGUGUGAGGGGCAUGGUAGAGGGGUUGGCCUCGUCGAUGUCGGCGGAAGGAGAGGGUGACUGUCCCCAUACAAACGGAUGGUAAAGAGUGGGGAUAGCAACGCCCGCCCAUUGGUCCGCCCAUGGUCCGACUGAAGCAGGCUCACUUGGAAUCAAUCCGCGGCACGAUUUCACCCUGUUGUAGACACAAUCUAAGCUCGCGGGAACACGGACAUUUUACUCGACUAAUUGACAGAAUUUUUCCGUCUGAACUAUUUUUUCUUCCCGUCAAUUUCAUCUAUUAGUGCCUUUCCACUUUUGCUUCUCCCUUUUUCAGUUCUUUUUUUUUUUUUUACUUGAGAGAUCUUCUACUUGGCGUCAUUUGAGUUUUACAUUUUAUCGGAUUUAUCGUUAAAGCGAGCAGUGUUUUGCGUCUUAAGUCGUUCCGAUAUGUAUAUUCGAUAAUGGAGACCCGUUUAAAAGGUUGUAUCGUUUUAUUAAUAAUAAUAGAGAAAUAUCCUUGACGGCGGCACGUCAUGCCGAUGUACACGUUUCUCUUGACUAAACUCGUCGCGAGUGUUUAGAACCGGUAAACAAAGGAAGAAGGAGAGAUAGAGAGACAGGUAGAUAGAGAAAGAGAGACAGAGAAGAAGGAAGAAAAUUAAAAAGGCGCGUUAUCGUUGUGGAAACAAACUAUUAGCGUAAGAUAGCACUUCGAGAGAGAGAGAGGUGCAUUUUCGCGUGUGACAGUUUGCUUCGGUGAAAUAUGUUGGACGUGGGACGUCGACGAGAAAUCUUCUCCGACGGUGAUGUUUCCGGCAACGUUUGUCCUUGAGAUUUUCAAGACUUAAGAAAAGAAGAUUUAACCUACGAAAUGCCUAAUUAAAGACAACUUUCGCACAAGGAUCUCUCGUUUGCUCUUCUCCUUUGGUGCUUCAAGGACAAACGGAAUGCGAGCAACGGCUUGAGUGUUGGAAAAAAGUGAUAGAAUAAGAAGUGUGUUUUUCGAUCUGAUGAACGUUCGAGGGAACUCAUGGAAACCCAUUGUGCGAUGAUGAUGUCGAAUCUGUCGUGCGACGGGUGUGCUGACAGCAGUAGCCGGGAUUCUGACAGCAGUAGCAUGAUCGUAGAUCCGGUUAGUCUCGAUAAGAACGACAUGUCACCGCCGCAGUCGUCAUCCAGUCCAUUGAUAUCCGGUUCGCCGGUUCCAACGAUGACACCGACGACGACGAAUUCGUUAAGGUGUCGCGGUAGUGCGAAUAGAAUGACGAAAAAGAUGCCAUACUCGAGGAUGCCGGUAACUUCGGUGGCGUUGUCUUCGAAGUCAACCAGUCAACAGAAAACAUCAACGGCGGGUCAACAGUCUUCCGGUUAUGGAAACGAGAAGAUGUCUUCGUCUUUGAUAAAGCCACCUUACUCUUACAUAGCCCUGAUCACCAUGGCCAUUCUACAAUCACCGCAAAAGAAACUUACGCUAAGUGGCAUAUGUGAAUUUAUAAUGUCACGAUUUCCAUAUUAUCACGACAAAUUUCCAGCCUGGCAAAAUUCUAUCAGGCAUAAUCUUAGCUUGAACGAUUGUUUCAUAAAGAUACCGAGAGAGCCCGGUAAUCCGGGUAAAGGAAAUUAUUGGACAUUGGACCCACUUGCCGAGGAUAUGUUUGACAACGGUAGCUUCUUGCGACGUAGAAAGAGAUACAAGAGGCCACCGCCUCAUUACGUUCUUCGCGACAGGGCUAUCAUGGCCACCUUUGCCAUUUGCGGCGAUCGUGGACCUUGUCCAGGUGGCGGAGCUGGACAUCCUGGUACAUUGGCUUAUCCCGGUGCUGCAUACCUUUCGCCGCCACCUGGCCUACCACUUUUGGACUUUUCUCCGUCUACGUUGGAAGCUCUCAAAUUAGGUGCUUUUCUCGAGCCACCGGCACCGCUAUACAAACCUGUACCUAUUACCGCACCACCCAUCAGACAACUCGAACCAACACCGACUAGGACAACAACGACGAUACCAAUGAUCAACGCACAGACCAGCGUAGAGAAGAAAAGAAACUUUAGUAUCGAUGCUCUCAUCGGCAAGCAAACGGUCAGCGAUCAAGGUUGUACCGGUCUUCUCGACCUUAGUGCGUCGGAGCACAGAGAGAUAAGAAGUCAAGCGUCCGCGUUCUCGCCUCUUGUUUAGAGCAAAUCUUUGAUUGUGCUCGGUAAUUAUCUUUCGAUAUCGAUCGAUAGCGAUUCCUUCGUCCAAGUCGUCCGAUCCACCGAUGUAAUUCACGAUUAAUCAAAUAAUGGAACCCGUCGUAAUGUAAAUUGGAUUUAUAAUAAUCGAGGUGUAUAUCGUAGAGAGAGAGAGAGAGAGAGAGAGAGAGAGAGAGAGAGAGAGAGAGAGAGAGAGAGAGAGAGAGAGAGAGAGAGAGAGAGAGAGAGAGAGAGCGAGAGAGAGAGAGAGAGAGAGAGAGAGAGAGAGAGAGCGAAAGAGAGAGAGAGAAAGAGAGAGAGAAUGAAAGACAAAUCUCGACAAAGGUGUCGCGUGUAUUUCAUUUAAACGGAUUAAUCGUCGAUCGGUCAUAUUCCUAUAGAGACUCCUUAUCAAAGUGGCUUCAUUUCGUCGGUUUUUAUUAUUAGAUUAAGGGCAUCGUCCAGUGAAUGGUGAUUUUAUUUGUACGGACGAUCGUAUCGAAAAAGGAUGCGAACAAAUAUUUUCAAUACUCGAUCGUGAUCUCGACAUAUUCCUCUAAUUCAUAUAUCGAUCCUGUGACUGGCUAUUACGAUAGCUAUUAUAGGAUUUAACUAUCGUGAAUUUAAUUAAAAAUACAUUUUGACAAAUACUGUUAUUAUCAAUUGUCGGAAACUCGAAAAAUUAUAUUGCUAUCAACGGAAGUCAUUGUUUGUUACGAAUCGAUUAUAGUUAAUCAACGAAGUAUUCUCUUUUAUUCUCUUUUCUUUUUUUGUCUGCUUUUAUUGUAUUUUCUCUUUUUCUUUUUUGUGUGUUUUCAUUUUAUUUUCUCUUUUUCUUUUUUUCUUUUUGAACAGUCAUCACCGACGUUAUUAUUCGUUCGUAUAAACGCUAACUUUCGUGUGAUGUGGUUCGAAUCGUUUUGUUUCAACGCUCUUUUGUAUCUUUAAAUUAUUAUAUCUAGAAAAUAACUUCAUUCAUAAUGAUAAGAGCGUAACGAAAGAAAAAAAAGGAAAAGAAAAUGCAAAGAAAGGAUACUUAGACUAUAAAAAAUGGCGUAGUGCAAUAGUACGUGAUAAUCGUUCGAUUUCUCAUAACUUUUUCUAAUAUUUCUUAUUAUUUCUAAUAUAUUAUUUUUCUCCUCGCGAUAUUAUAUUUUGACUUUUUAAUAAUCAUCGAUAUGUUCAAAACGGCCAUUGGCAAUAUUCUUUGGCAGUCCGUUUGCGUUCGGUCGAUUAAUAACGGCAUUGUAAAUACGAGCCCCGAACAAAUAUGUGCGUAGCACUCUUAUUAUUCCGGGGCAUGUUCUUUUUUUCUUCUUUCUCUUCGUCGAAUUUAAUGUAAAGACUACACUACUCGAAAUUGGACCGCUUUCGGUCAAGUAGCUAUUAUUUAGUUGUACAUAAAACGACAUAUAAUAUUUUAAGAAUUCAUGUAUUAAUAGAGCACAUUUAUCAUUGUAGACAAUUUUAUUGUGCACAUACAUGUAUAUCUAUGACGUGACGUGAUUUUUUUUUUCUUAGAUUCGUUGAAAAAAAAAAAGGGAAUUGAUAAUAAGCAUGGAAACAAACGAACGAAUACAAAAAAAAAAAACGAAACUAUACAACGGCACUUAUUACAUAAGAAUAAAUUUUUCUCUUCUAAUCUCUAAUAAGAUUGGCUUUGCCAAUAACAUUGUCUGUCACAUGUGUAUUCCUAAAGAAUGAAAUUUAUUAGAAUGGAUUAAAAAAAAAAAAAAAAAAAAAAAAAAAAAAAAAAAAAAAAAAAAAAAGUUUUAUGAUUUUUUUUAGGCAGCUCUAUUCCUUUUUCUUUCCUUUCAAUUUCUCUUUAAUUCGUUUUUUCUGUCGUUAUUUUUUUUUUUUUUUUUCCGCCAAAUAGACUUGGCUGUAGGAGUAAAUCCACUAAAAGUUUCGAGAACAGGGUAGAUACGUAAUCAAAUAAAAAGAAUCUUACAAUUAGAUUUGUAUCCCACGCGAAAGAAUGUAACUAUGAAAAACAUAUCGUGAUCUUCUAACAUUGACAUUAUUUUUUCACAAAUUAUUUUUUUCAAAUACUUUGAACAUAGAGUAACAGGAAUAAUAACGAUAAUAAUAAUUAUCAUCUAUUAAUAUUAGUCCAACUUCGAACGUUUUUUCCUGUCUCGUUAAGUUUUCAUUGUUCACAUUGACACGACCUUCAAAGUGGAAAAGCCUCGAGAAAUUUGUAUUGUAGAUAGUACGAAAGCACUCGACGAACGUCGAUCGAAUCUUUCGGUGAGCAGUAUGAGCAAGAAGGAAGAACUCAAAGGAGAGGGAUGGAUGAGAGAGAGAGAGGGAGAAAGAGAAAACGGUACGAAAAGGAAAGAAAAAUAUAGAGAAAGGGUAGUAAAAAGAGAGUAGAGAAAAUGUGUGAGUGAAUAUACACGUGGGUAUAGAUAGAUUGCGUCUCGAUGUGUGUGUGACAAAGAGAAAGAAAAAAAGAGGAAGAAUCUUGAAUGAAUCCUACGACGAUACAUAUCUAAAGUGAAUAAGGAAAAGAAAAGAAAAGGAAAGAAAUAAAUAUAAAUAAAUAAAUAAAAAGAGAAAUAAAUAAAAAACCGUGUAUUAAUGCAUGUAGGUAUGUAUCGGGAAAAUGCUACAGAGUUAUGUGUUAAUUUCAGGAAAAACGACGAGCCAUGAUAUUGGAUUACAAUUACGACGAGAAGGCUCAUUGUGUUGGUUAUCAUCAGAACGUAAUGUGUGUGUGUAUGUGAGAGAGAGAGAGAGAGAGAAAGAGAGAAAAAGAGAAUGAAAGAAAGAGACAAUGACAAAGAGAGAGAGAGAAAGAGAGGGAGAGAAAGAGAGAGAGAGAAAGAUUAUUUAGUCGGAUUUACUUUUCUCGAAUAAAAUGACGUAUGACGCGGUAGGGGGUUAUUUUAGGUAAAUAGUGUCAUAUUUUCAGAUAACUUAUGAAAGUAAUAAAUCGAGAUUUACUUCGUCAA